AUGGAUCUGGGGAGAGUGAAACAGAGACAAGGAGAAGGAUUGGUAGCGUCCGUCAAGAGGUACAGAGAUCAAGCUUUACUUUGUAUAGACACUCUCCCAGAGCCACAAUUGGUGUACGGAUGUAUUAGAAAUGUGGAAGAUGGAUCCCAAAUUUAUCUUUCUAUGAGCAACAUAAACACUUUCUCUGAUCUCUUAAAGAGAGCAUCUGACAUAACAGAGGCAAUGAAGCGCAAUGGAAGGAGAUAUAAAGAAGUUUCUCCUCUGGAAGUGUGUGCCGCUGAUGGCAGGGGCAGAAGGAGUUCCUAUUCUAAGGGUGUUAAGAAAAGCAGUCCUCCACCCCCACUACCUCUCUCCAAAGCUCAGGCCAUGGUUGUCGUAAAUGGAUGGUUUGAGGAUGGAACAUUAAACCCCAGAACAGAUAGAGAGCCACCAACAUCUGAAGACUUGAGAGAUCCAAGAUAUUGCAUGGUGCACCGCAAUAAGGGCCAUGGGUUAACCGAUUGUUAUGUGGUGAGGACGAUGUUUCAUAGGCAAGUGAAGGAAGGGAAGAUACUCCUAAAUGGGGAACAAAACCAAGAAGGAGUAAAAAGCACUCCUUUUCCUCAACAUGAUGUUGGAAUGAUAGGCAUUGAAGGAGAGGUAAUGCUGACAGAGAUCGUAGAUGAAGCAGAAGAGAUGGUUACCAUGGAGGAGCCCUUGGAUGAAGACACCUUGACAAGAGGUCUUUUGAAGUCUCGAGGUUGUAGAAUCAUGUUCAACCAACUUGGCUUGGAAUCCCACAUUCAGAAAGAGGUGGCCAGAGCUCUAAUAGGAGUCAUUCAGAAGCAUGAAAAAGGUUUUAGGGGCAUCAACGCUCAACUCACAAGAUUAGCAAAGGCCCAUGCAAAUGCCCUAGUGUUUCGGGACCCUGACUCAUUUAAUGGGGAGUUCUACCAUAAUAAACUAUUGUAUAGGGAAGCAGUGGUAGAAGGCAUGAAGGUCAGAAGGGCCUUGGUGGAUGCUGGAUCAGGGAUAAAUAUCAUACCCACUCAUAUAUUUCUAGAAAUGGGAGGUUCUGCUGAUCAGAUAAGGCCUACUCAAGUCGGGCUCAAUGCUUUUAAUGGAGUGGGUGUGAAAUCUAGAGGGUGUGUUAAUGCUGUCUUGGAGGUUGGCCCCAUAAAGACCAAUAAUAAGUUUCAUGUGGUGGAUGGAAGCUCUAGCUAUCACAUCCUACUGGGACGUCCAUGGAUUCAUUUACAUCGGUGUGUUCCUUCAAGUUGGCAUCAAUGCAUAAAGUCUAGCUGGAGAGGGAAGGAUAUUAGCAUCUCAGCCACUGUAACACCCUUUGAUGCGGGAGAAGCACAUUUAGUGGAUGCGAGUUUCUAUGAAGAGCUUACGUUACCAGGGGUCAACAAAAUAAGGCCUGUACAGGAAUGCACCAUUGGAACACCCAGACAAAAAGCAGUACGGAAGGACACCCUGAGGGAGGAAGCACCAAAAGAAAACACCAAAAAAUGA